UCGGCACAGAAAUGCACAAAAUGAAGCGUAAAGGUGUAUUAACUAAAUAUUCGUACGUCUUGUCUGAUUUUGUGUAUUUAAACGGCCGAUUUUAAUCGUUGGUACCGUCAGGUUGGCCCCGCUUGCGACUGGUCUAGUGGCCAAAUUGUCAAGCGCGAAUUUCAAACGUUGUGAUAGUAAUUGUGUUAAUGUUGUUCCCGAGGUGAAACGACGGCACAGUGACUGCGUUUGUCCAAGGUAGGUGCCUGACACGUUUGAAUCGUUUUUGUCGGCUUGUAAGGUUUGAGGUUACGUCCCUUGUUUGGGUCCACAUAACCUCACAUUUUUUAAGUUGAAUAAUGGAUAAUUUGUUCGUGAAAUGCAGUGUGUGUUUGAAUUUCGUUGCAAAAGUGGUGACUUUACACAACGACGAGUCUUUCGUGACUAAAUUGCGCAGCGUGGUCCCCGAAGUGGAAUGGUUGGACUACUACCACAUUUGUGGGGGUUGUAAGUCCGAUUUGGACACAGCGUACGAAUUUCGGAGUCGUUGUAUUCGGCUUAAUUUGGAGCAAAAACGCGAACAAUACUUUGAGUGUUAUCACUGUAAUAGUAGGUAUGGUGAUAAGGGGGUUUUGGUCGAACAUAUGAAAUGCCACUCUGUUGAGUCACUUGAGUCGCCCCCGAAACAAUUCAAAUGCGACGAUUGCAACAAAAGCUACACGACUCAAAAAAUCCUAAAAGUGCAUUUGAAGAAAUGCAAAGUCCGGGAUCCCCCCACUCGCAAAAACCGUUUCUCGUGUGAAGUGUGCGACUUAGUGUUGAAUUACGCCAAAGAUGUGGUGGAACAUUGUGUUGAGGAGCACUCCAUGGAGAGGAAAUUGGUGAAGCCCUACACUUGUACCGAGUGUCCCAUGCGUUUCUCCUCGUCGGCCAACCUGAUCCAGCACAGAAAGUACCACGAAGGGAGUCGGAACCACAUUUGUAGCUUCUGUGGCAAGGGUUAUAUAACCAAAAGUGACUUAACCGUCCAUGAGUACAUUCACUUCAAUCGCCGAAACUACAAGUGUGAAUUUUGCGAUAAAGCUUUCAACACGAAUAAAAACCUCCGCUCGCACAUGCUUGUUGUCCACACUGACCCCACUUUGUGGAAGUAUGAGUGCGAUGUGUGCACUCGCAGAUUUCCACUUAAAUCAGGCUUUGAACAACAUAUGAAGAGACACACCGGUGAUAAAAAGUUCGGAUGUCACAUCUGUGAUAAGACUUUUGUCAGUAGAAGUGAGUUGCAAAAGCACGUGGGGUCACACUCGAUGGUGAACCCCUUCAAAUGUACACACUGUGAGAAGGCUUAUAAGGAAAAACGAUUUUUCGAAAUACAUUUAGCCAAACAUCACGGAAUCGGAAAUGCAAAAAUACCGAUCAGGGUGAAGAAAUUCGCAUGUCAUGUGUGUCCCAAUACGUUUUUCGACAAACACAAGUUGCACCGACAUCUAAGGGUGCAUUCGGGGGAUAAGCCUUUUGGGUGUCAAGACUGCGGGAAGAAGUUCUCAGAUAAGUAUUACUUGAAGCAACACGCCAAAAAUAUGCACAAUAGCGGACAAAAUGAGGAAAUUGUGUCCAAGUGAAAGUGAGGUUAUGUCAUUUUUGUGUUUAUAAAUCACAGGUUUGGUACUUAUUAUUAUUGAAGUUGUGGGGGAGGAUUCGAAUUUACAUGACUCUACAGUAUUAGUGCCCCAAGUGUUGUUUUUCAUCAAGUGUAAAAGCACUGGCAAAAGUGAGGUUAUGUCAAUUUAUUUAUUUAGGUCGAUUUUUAAGUAAGAUAAGAAUAAACGAGAUUGUUUUUCCACGA